GAGAGUAUACGGGGUGUUUUAUUUUUGACGGGUGUCAAAUUAAAGUAGUUGGGAAUGAAAAUGUCAUUUCCUAACGACCGCGGUCCUUGGGACGCCAGUAACGGUCCGGAUUUUCCUCCGGGUUAUCACCCGGACCUUAACGGAUAUCCCGGAAUUUGGGAUCCCCACCAUUGUUUGAGUGGGCAGAAUGGGGGAUUGACCGGUUAUCCAGAGAUAUUGACAGCUUUCAAUUCGGAUUUGGUAUGGCAGAGACAACAGUGCGGAGUGUUGGUACCGAACCGAUUGGGGAGAAACAGCACCCCGCACGGGGUACAACAGACGAAAAAGGCCAGAAGGAGGGUGGCCACCAUUGCCCAAAGGAGGGCGGCCAACAUCCGAGAAAGACGCAGGAUGUUCAAUUUGAAUGAGGCUUUCGACAAAUUGAGACGCAAAGUGCCAACUUUCGCUUACGAAAAACGACUCUCCCGCAUAGAAACGCUCCGAUUGGCCAUCACCUACAUCAGCUUCAUGUCCGAGCUGCUGCAUACGA